CGAGAUCAUCGACGCAACUCGUCCUUUAUACAAUCACAAAGCCACUUCCCUUCACUCUCUCCCUCUCACUUUCGACUCUAACACCAACAAGUAAUAACAGGUCGCGCAAAGUCAGCCUCAACACCCGCAUUCAAAGACCCCCCCUUCGACAACCUUCUCCCCAAUUCCCUUCCUCCCCUCCCUCACCUCAUCAUCCAACUUGAACCAAACCAUGUCUCGCCGCAAAGCUUUCGACACCUCGCUCUCUGGCGGCAAGGCCAAGUCAGCGCCGCAGCCCAAGACCAACACCGGUCUCGUUGCCCGUGCCGUGGCCGAAGCUGCGCCCACAGUUGCGGUCGCCGAGACCCCAAAGGCCUCCACCGCUGUUGCAGGCACGUCGGGCACGGCUACCCCUGCCGAGCUUGACGACGCCGAGACCUGCUUCAUCUGCGCCGAGCCAAUCAAGUACUAUGCCGUUGGCCAGUGUGGCCACCGCAUGUGCCAUGUCUGUGCUAUCCGCCUCCGCGUGUUUUACAAGAGGAUAGAGUGCACCUUCUGCAAGACGCUCCUCCCCUCGCUCCAGUUCUCCAGAUCGCCCGACGCUACUCUCCCCGAUGGCCCGUGGAAGAAGCCCACCUCGGCCGCAGCACUGGAAAAGGCCGAGGCCGAUGCCCAGAAGCCAGAGAACAAGGGCAAGAGAUGGUACCAGGGACUCGUGUUGCCUGGAACGUUGGACGUCACGGACUUUGCGUUCGCCGACGAGAAGCUCAGCGUCGUGUUUGAAGACGACGAUAUGAUGGAAGAGUGCUUGCUCCUUCUUCGCUUCAACUGUCCCUACACCAGCUGUUCACACAUGUCCAACGGCUGGCCCGGGUUGGAGAAACACACUGUGGCUGAGCACGGAUUGGUGCUUUGCAAGAUCUGCACGAGGCAGCUGUCCCGCUUCUCCCACGAGCAGGUUCUCUAUCCGCCCCAUCUCCUCGGUCUCCACGACCCUUCGAGGUUACAGAGAGGCCAGAAGGCUCCCAGGCCGAGGACCGACGAGGAGAGGGAGAUGGUCGCUUCGUGGGAUGCGCCACACCCCAUGUGCGAGUUCUGUCACGAGGGCUUCUUCGGCCCCGACGAGUUAUUCAAGCAUAUGCGCGACAAGCACGAGGAGUGCUUUGUGUGCAGGCAGCUUGGCGACAGAGACGUCUACUUCCAGAAUUACGCCAAGUUGGAGACCCACUUCAACCGCGACCACUUCCCUUGCCCCAACCCUGUGUGUAUUGAAAAGAAGUUCCAGGUGUUUGGCAGCGAAGUCGACCUCCGCGCACACCAGAUUGAGGAGCAUGGCGAGGCCAUGUCCCAGAAGGACCGCGCCCAGGCUAGGCAGCUUCACAUCGACUUCUCGGCUCGCCCCGACUCGGGCCCCAGCCGCAACGGUGGCCGCGGAGGAGGACGUGGCUUCUCUCUUGCCAACACGAACAACGGCCGUGAUGGCCCUCACACUCAGCAGAUCGCCCCACCUCCUAUGAACGCUGCUCAGGCCGAGCAGCAGCGCCGCCAGAUUCAGACGGACCGCCAGGAGGAGGGACGCCGCCGCAAGGCGUUCAACACGGGCCUGACGGGAAGCAACGGACCGACGCCGUCGGGGUCGGCUGGACCUUCGGGUCGCCAGACCCCUGUGGAGCCUGCCAGCGGUACCGUCACGCCCCGCGAAGAUGUGGAUGAGGCUACCCAGUCGAGACAUGCGGCUCUUCUGACUCGCGUGUCGAUGCUAGUAAACGACUCGCAGACAAAGAUGGCCUCGUUCAGGUCAGCCAUUCGACAGUUCAAGAACAACGAGUCUGGCGUCAAGGACAUGCUCGAUACAGUGUACCACGUGCUGGACGAGGACGCCGAUUCGACCGCAGGUGUUCUACGUGAAGUCGCCAAUCUAUUCAACGGCGACGGGGAAAAGGAGAAGCAAACCGCCAUCCUUGAGGCCGUGAAUGCCUUCCGCGCGCAGCAGGCCGAGCAGUUCCCGCAGCUCGGUGGAGGCAGCUCUACGGGCUCGGCCAACUGGGGUGCUUCCUCUGGACGUAUCCUGUCCGCCAAGCGUGCUACGCACACUGGGUUCGGGCGCGGCAACUCGCGUGCUGUCUGGGACCGCGUUGCAGCUGCCGCAACUGAAGCCGAGUCGGCCAACCGCCCACGCGCCACAGCUGGCGUGAACGGCCGCUUCGUCCCCGGUGCGGGCGGUCGUCCCCAGUCGCCGUCGUCGUUCCCUGCCCUCGGAGGAGCAGCAAGCUCUUCUCGUCCCGUUCACUCGACGCCAUGGGCGUCUGGUGGUGGUGGUGGCUCGUCAUCUCGCAAACCCACGGCGCUUGUGCCUCAAGUUCGCUCGACAAACUUCCCCACGGCCGCCACGGCGAACCGGCCCAAGGGCCUCGGCAAGGAUGGCUUCCCUGGCCUCCCGUCGUCGAGCGCGGCCAAGAGUGCCGCGGCAGAGAGAGCCGCUCUGUUCAACAAGCCGACUCCGCGCGACGAGUCGAUUGCGAGAAUCAGAGGCACCCCCGUGGCUCGUCCCACGACGCCCAACAGCUGGGGCGGAGGCAGCACGAGUGAUGCGGCCGACGGCGUGGCUGAACUCAGUGUUAGCGACGAGGCACCGACGGGCGGCGGCGGCAAGAAGAAGGGCAAGGGCAAGCAGAAGCAGCUGCUGUUCAGCGUGAGCACGCGGCCGGCGUAAGCGGCGACAGCUACCUACCACACACACGCAUGCUGUUGUAAUCAGCCAUAGACUUGUGAUUCAACCUGAGAGCUUGCGCGUACGCGGCCAUGCUCACAACCUCUGUAGAGGACCCACAGCACUGUGUUUGUACAGUC